UCAUUCUCAUUCUCUCAGGCAUUUUCACAAACUUUUUUUCCCUUUUCAAAAGCAACGUUUCUUUCACACCAACAUGGCUAGACCACAACAACGAUAUCGAGGUGUCCGACAAAGGCAUUGGGGUUCUUGGGUUUCUGAAAUUCGCCAUCCCAUAUUGAAAACUAGAAUUUGGCUGGGAACAUUUGAAACGGCAGAAGAUGCGGCUCGCGCUUACGAUGAAGCUGCGAGGCUUAUGUGUGGACCGAGGGCUAGAACAAACUUCCCUUAUAAUCCGAAUGCACCUCGAUCAUCAUCAUCCAAGAUACUAUCAGCAACUUUGACAGCUAAACUACAUAAAUGCUACAUGGCUUCACUUCAAAUGAACGAACCACCACCACUGAAGGAGCCAAAAAGUGAGCCACCAACACCACAUGUCGUCAGCAACAAUGGCAUUGAAGGUAGAGACAAUGGAAUGGUAGUUGGCCUGCUGGGGAAGAGACCAUCGCCAGUUCAAGAGACUGAAACAAAUUGGGUUGUCAAAAAAGCUCAAGUAGAAAGGACCCAACCUUUCAAAUCUCUUGAAGAGGAUCACAUUGAACAAAUGAUUGAGGAGCUACUUGAUUAUGGCUCCAUUGAACUAUGUCCAUAGGAUAUCCACCAUUCCUUUCUUCUUUCUCUCCACAUUUCUCCCCUUUUCUCCUUUUCAUCAUCGUUGGAAGCACAAGCCUUGAGGAGUUAAGGCUGGCUUGGUCUUUAGUCUUUACACUUCAUUCCAUGCGCCCAGUGGCAUUGAUUCGCUAAUGUAACCAAUGUAACCCAUUCUUAAGCAACCUUGAACCUUCCCAAUACCAUUUUACCAAGUGUUGAGACAGUCCCUUUAGUUCCUAGCGUCUACCAUGUAACGGUGUACAGUAAGCUCUGUUAUGAUAUAUGUUACUAUUAUCUUCUGCUC